AUGGCGGACCAGGUCCCUGCAGGUUUCAAUGAGAAGUACCGCAUCGGGCGCGUCAUCGGCGAGGGCAACUUCUCCAUCGUCAAGGAGUGCACCAACCGGGCCACGGGGGACCGCUACGCCGUCAAGUGCAUCAACAAGGCGGCGCUCAACCCCAAGGACCGCAGCAACCUAGUGCAGGAGAUCGAAAUCCUCAAAGACCUGAGCCACCCCAACAUCAUCAAGCUCUUCGACGUGUACGACGGAGACGGGCCCAUGUGCUUCUUGGUCAUGGAGUACGCCGAAGGCGGCGAGCUCUUCGACCGCAUCAUCACCAAGGAGUACUACACGGAGGCCGAGGCCAAGAAGGUGGUCAAGGUCGUGGCCAAAGUGCUGCGCUACUGCCACGCCGAGGGCGUGACCCACCGCGACCUCAAGCCCGAGAACCUGCUCUACGCGGACGAGACGGAGAACGCGGUCAUCAAGAUCGCCGACUUCGGCUUCGCCAAGCUCGUGACGGAGGAGACCAACAUGUCCACCAUGUGCGGCACCCCGGGCUACUACGCGCCCGAGAUCGUGCGCAAGCUGCCGUACGACAGCAAGUGCGAUAUCUGGAGCCUCGGCGUCAUCGCCUACAUCUUGCUCUGCGGGUUCCCGCCGUUCUACGAUGAAAACCAAGUGGAGGAGAUGCGAAAGAUCCUUAACGGCGACUUUGAGUUCGUGGCGCCGUAUUUCGAUGGCGUCUCGCAGCAGGCCAAGGACCUCAUCUGCAAGAUGCUCGUGGUGCAGCCGUCCAAGCGUCUGUCGGCGCAGGAGGUGCUGGACCACCCGUGGUUCAACGACAUCAAGGAGGCAGACGACGACGCGCCCGUGCUCUCCGUGGGCAAGAACAUGAAGGAGGCGCGGCGUCUGACUGCGCGCAGCAAGUUCCGCGCCGGUGUGGGCGCCGUCAUGGCCGUGACCAAGACGCAGCGACUGCUGAAGGCGUCGCGCAGCCCGCCAACUUAA